AGCACGAGCCUUUCGCGCCAAAUUAGAACAACGAAGCAGUUGCUAGUCAGAGCGGCGUGAGACGAUAGUUAAGAGGGACGUCUUCACGCUACAGUUAUAAUUUCUCCGCUGUCAUUUCUCACAGACAAGUUCCAGUUUAGCUAUCAUGGAGGAGGCUAACAAGCUCGUCGGCACCGGUAAGAAGUAUCUGGUGAUGGGGAAAGCAGUGGAGGCGGUGAGCGCCUUACAGGACGCCUGCAGCAUGCUAGCUAAAAAGUAUGGAGACACAGCAGAUGAGUGUGGAGAGGCUUUCUAUUGGUGUGGUAAAGCACUGCUGGAUUUGGCACGGAUGGAGAACUCUGUCCUGGGUAAUGCUCUGGAGGGCGUGCCAGAGGAGGACGAGGAUGAAGACAAACCCAAGGAUUCAAAUGUUGACAGCACAGAAAACGUUGAUGAGAAGACCAGAGAUGAGCUGAGGGUCCAGGUGUACGAUGCCAUGGCAGAGAAGAAAAACGAUGAUGCUGAGAAAGCUGACGAGAAGCAGAUCGCAGGAGCUGAGGACGCCAAGGCGGAAAAGUCAGAAGAAGUUGAUGAACAAGGGAAAACAGAAAAGGUGGAGGAAGAUGGGGAAAAGAAAAGCGAAGAUGGGGGAAAACCAGAUGAAACUGAGAAGGAAAACAAGAUGGACUCUGACAAGGAACCAGCUGGUGAGGAGGAAGAAUCUGCAGACAAACAAGAGGAAGCAGAAGAUGCUGAGGAAGAGGAGGAUGUGGAAGCUGGUGCAGAUGAGCAAGGUGAUGGAGACGCUGCUGAGAAGGACAGCGAGGAUGAGGAGGUGGGAAACCUGCAGCUGGCCUGGGAGAUGUUGGAAGUUGCUAAAGUAAUUUACAAAAGAAAGGACACUAAGGAGGACCAGCUCAUGGCGGCCCAGGCUCAUCUGAAACUGGGUGAAGUUUCUGCUGAAUCAGGAAAUUACACACAAGCACUGGAGGACUUCCAGGAGUGUCUGAAGCUGCAGGUGAAGCUCCUGGAUUCAGACAGCCGCCUGCUCGCUGAGACUCACUACCAGCUCGGUGUGACCUACAGCAUGAACCUUCAGUACAGUCAGGCCAUCGAGUCCCUGAACAACUCCAUCACUGUCAUAAAGAGCCGGCUGGAAAAACUGCAGAAGAUGCUGGACGACGCUGACGGUCCAGAAGCUCUGCCGAAUGAGAGGAAGGAGUUGGAGGAGCUGAAGGUUCUGCUACCAGAGAUCCAGGAGAAGGUGGAGGACGCAACUGAAGGCCUGAAAACCGUGAGCAUGGCAGCUGAGGCUGUGAAGGGUGGACUGGAUGGAGGCUCCACAUCUGCAUUCUCUGGUUUUAGUGCAAACAGCGACGCUUCGUCCAGUUCAGGGAUUAAAAGCACCAGUUCAACCAGCGAGCAGACCUCCUCAGCCCCGGUGUCCAACAUCUCCCACCUGGUCAGGAAGAAGAGGAAACCAGAGGAAAGUCCAGUGAAGGAGGGAAACGUCAAGAAGGUGAAGCAGGACGAUGAUGAUGAUCACGAGCCUCAAACCAACAGCGUUCACAAAGCCAACGGAGAGUCUAACGGGCACGCCGACGACAUGGAGGUGGCGAGUCACUGAGGACAGAAAUGCUGCAGGUUUUCAGCUCUGAGGACUCGGCAGCGGCGUUCUGCACCUCCGCUCUUAAAAAGCUCCUACACCUGUUUGCUGUUGUAAAUAUGUCUUUUUCUGAGUGUUUUUGUAUGUUUAUGUAUGUUUCAUAUGAAGUUGAAUAAAGGCUGUUGGAUAAACCUCA